CCCCGGGCUGCGGGGGUCUCCCAGCAUCCAUCUUCGCCCUCCUUAGCGGGCAGUGCCCUUCCGCCGCCGGGGCCCCUCCUCGCAGGAGGAGGCAGCCGAGGAGCACCGCCGGCCUUGGGGAGGGCUCCGCCUGCAGGGGGCGGCGGGCGGCGCUAGCGAGCGGCGAGCUGGCUGGCGGCGCGAGGCUCUGGAGCUUCUGAGACGCGCUCUCUGCGGAGGCUGACGGGCAGAGGGGAACGGAGCCUCAGCGUUCUCCUGCUGCUGCUCGCCUCCGUGGCCAUCAUCGACCCUCGGGGUGAGGAGCCGCGGAGCUGCGAGACUGUCCGGAAAGUUUUCCAGUUGCGUCAGCUCGGCUCCCUCAGGAGCGUCCCGAAGUUCCCGCGGGCAGGUGUUGAUCUCCAGGUUUGUACUUCUAAAAAUCCAACAUGCUGUACCAAAAAGAUGGAGGAAAGAUAACAGACUGCAGCAAAGCACACUAUACAGCAAGUACUUCAAACAUCUAGUGCUACGUUAAAAUUUUUAAUGUCUAAUGCAGCAGCUUUUCAGGAAACCUUUGAAAUGCUCAACAAACUGUCUGAGAAUUACACAAGCACACUUUUCUGCAAUGCAUAUAGAAACAUGGCUGCUGAGGCUGAGGCUACUACACGUGUUCAGGAGUUUUUCACAGACGUUGCACUCUUUGUAUUUGGCACAGACAUCAGUACAGAGGAAUUUGUCAACAGAUUUUUUGACACCCUGUUCCCAAUGGUCUACAAUCACAUGGUUAACCCCCGUCUGACUGAUGUUACACUGGAAUACUCACAGUGCCUCCAAAUGGCAAGAAGAGAUAUCAGGCCCUUUGGUAACAUUCCCAAUAAAGUCAUAAAACAAAUGGGAAUAUCACUGUUACCCAGCCGGAAUUUCCUGCAGGCUCUGAAUUUGGGGAUUGAAGUAAUCAAUACAGCAGACCAUCUGCAUUCCUCUAAAGACUGGAGCAGAGCUUUAUUGAGAGUGCAAUACUGUCCCCAUUGCCAAGGGCUGACUUUGAGUAAGCCCUGUGUGGGCUACUGCCUCAGUGUCAUCCGAGGCUGCUUAGCCUACCUGGCAGAAAUUGACCUUCACUGGCAGGGAUAUAUUCAGUCCUUGGAAGAGCUCUCGAGUGCUAUGCUUGGAACAUAUGACAUUGAGCAUGUGCUUCUAAACUUUCACUCACUUGUUAAUGAUGCUCUCAUGCAAGCUCGUGUCAAUGGACCAGAAUUAACUGAGCAGGUGAACAAGGUACGUGGCCCACUUGUAAAGAAGCCUACACAGUCUCUGCAUUGCUCUUUUGAUCAGAACAAAUAUAACCAGGGGCUGAAGAUGUUCUCAAGAGACAUUGAGGAAACCCUUGCCAGCAGAAGAAAAGAAUUUAUCAGCCACCUUCGCCUCUACAGAGCCUUUUAUGGUGGCCUGGCUGAUCAGCUGUGUGGUAAUAAGUUGGCAGCUUUUGAUGGUCUGCCAUGUUGGAAUGGAGAAGAUGUUGUAAAAAACUAUACUCAUCGUGUGGUUGGCAGUGGAAUCAAAGCUCAGUCUGGGAAUCCAGAAGUAAGAGUGAAAGGAACAGAUCCUGUAAUAAAUCAAAUUAUUGACAAGCUGAAACAUGUUAUUCAGCUGUUGCGGGGCAAAUCAUUUUGCAAAUAUGAUAACUGGGAUCUAUGGCAAACAGGCAGUGGUGGAAGUGUGGAAGAACAAAUCAAUGGAGAUUGUGAUGAUGAAGAUGGUUGUGGAGGAUCAGGAAGGAAAGAAGUAAAAAGAGUCCUGAAAAUUACAGAAUCUGGGAUGCCAGAUAAGACGAACCUCAGUGACAUAAAGCAAAUCCAUCAAACCAUCAAUGCCAGCACUUUACAUACAACUGGAGCAGGCUGUACAACAAUAGUGGAUUAUAUGACAUUCAUGCUGAUUAGUUUGGUAACACUAUUUCUCAAUCUCUGGUAA